AUGCAGGACGUAGACUUCAUUAUCAACAUCGACAGCGCCCCUCAUGGGAUUAAACAAAGAUUACUGUCUCUUCCAAACUCUCCGUUCAUUCAGCAGGCACAGUUCUUCUAUUACAAGCAGGGAACAACUUUGGUGCAAGUUGAUAUCACUCCCGGAUGGCAGUCCCCUUAUAUGCCGACUGCGGCCACGGAAAUCAGGAGAAUACCUCAUGGUUAUGUUCCCUACAUAUCACCCACAGACCUCAUUGUUUUUAUCAACUCUUGCGGCUUGCGGGCGCAGGUGAACAAGAAACGUGUUGAUGCUUUGGAUGCGGUGACGCUGCUAGAACUCGAGACUAGGAACGGGCCGUUGACUCUCAACAGUGCCCAAAGAGCCGUCGUUGAGCAAUGCAUCGCAGACGUCGUGACCCAUGGCCCUAAAAACGAUCAAUGGUGGAAGCAGCGUCUCGGUCUUCGCUGA